GCGUGAAGGCGGGCGCGCGCCGUGACGGCGGCGGCGGGGAAGGCGGCGACCGCGGCGGUCUAGGGGGCGGUGGCCACGGGGCAGGGUCGCUGCAGGCGGAGGAGACGUGUGUGGCGGCGGCUAGGUCGCUGAGGAACAUCGUCGGGGUCAGUGACUAUCAUCUGUUCCACACGAUGAGUAACAGCCACCCUCUUCGCCCCUUUACUGCAGUGGGGGAAAUCGACCACGUGCACAUUCUGUCUGAGCACAUUGGUGCCUUGUUGAUUGGUGAAGAAUAUGGCGAUGUCACAUUUGUUGUGGAAAAGAAGCGGUUUCCUGCCCACAGGGUAAUUUUAGCAGCUAGGUGCCAGUAUUUUCGAGCAUUACUGUAUGGUGGGAUGCGAGAGUCUCAGCCUGAAGCCGAAAUCCCUCUCCAGGACACCACUGCAGAAGCAUUCACAAUGCUGCUCAAAUACAUCUACACUGGGCGGGCGACACUGACAGAUGAGAAGGAGGAGGUGCUGCUGGAUUUUUUGAGCCUGGCUCAUAAAUAUGGAUUUCCAGAGCUAGAGGAUUCUACCUCUGAGUAUCUCUGCACCAUCCUUAACAUCCAGAACGUCUGUAUGACUUUUGAUGUUGCCAGUCUCUACUCACUGCCCAAGUUAACUUGUAUGUGCUGCAUGUUCAUGGACAGAAAUGCUCAGGAGGUGCUCGCCAGUGAAGGCUUCCUCUCCCUUUCCAAGACGGCGCUUCUGAACAUCGUUUUAAGAGAUUCGUUUGCUGCUCCUGAGAAAGAUAUUUUCUUAGCCUUGUUAAACUGGUGUAAGCACAAUGCAAAGGAGAACCAUGCUGAAAUCAUGCAGGCUGUGCGUUUACCUCUGAUGAGCCUCACUGAGCUUCUGAAUGUUGUGAGACCUUCAGGGUUGUUGUCUCCAGAUGCUAUUCUCGAUGCCAUUAAAGUGCGUUCAGAGAGCCGGGAUAUGGACCUCAACUACAGAGGCAUGCUCAUACCGGAAGAAAACAUCGCAACUAUGAAGUACGGAGCCCAGGUUGUGAAAGGAGAGCUGAAGUCAGCCUUGUUGGAUGGUGACACUCAAAAUUACGACUUGGAUCAUGGAUUUUCCAGGCAUCCCAUCGAUGAUGACUGCCGCUCUGGCAUUGAGAUCAAUCUUGGCCAGCCGUCCAUUAUCAACCACAUACGCCUCCUCCUGUGGGACCGUGACAGCCGGUCUUAUUCCUACUUUAUUGAAGUGUCCAUGGAUGAACUUGACUGGAUCAGAGUCAUAGAUCACUCACAUUACCUGUGUCGGUCUUGGCAGAAGUUGUAUUUCCCAGCUCGCGUCUGCAGGUAUAUCCGAAUAGUUGGGACUCACAAUACAGUGAACAAGAUUUUCCACAUCGUGGCUUUUGAAUGUAUGUUUACAAACAAAACCUUCACUCUGGAAAAGGGCCUAAUAGUUCCCAUGGAGAAUGUUGCAACGAUUGCUGAUUGUGCCAGUGUGAUUGAAGGAGUCAGCCGGAGCCGAAAUGCCUUGCUCAAUGGGGACACUAAGAAUUAUGACUGGGAUUCAGGCUACACGUGUCAUCAGCUGGGAAGUGGUGCAAUUGUGGUUCAGCUGGCACAGCCAUACAUGAUUGGGUCAAUACGGUUAUUACUCUGGGAUUGUGACAAUCGAAGCUACAGUUACUACGUUGAGGUUUCCACCAAUCAGCAGCAGUGGACCAUGGUGGCUGACAGAACAAAAGUGUCCUGCAAGUCCUGGCAAUCAGUCACUUUUGAAAGACAGCCUGCCUCCUUCAUCCGAAUCGUUGGAACGCACAACACAGCAAAUGAGGUGUUCCACUGUGUCCACUUUGAGUGUCCGGAGCAGCAGAGCAGCCAAAAAGAAGAGAGCAGUGAGGAACCGGGGACAGGGGACCCCAACACCCCCAGUCAGCAGCUCGACCCUCAUGCACUGCGAGCGCCCAGCGCCAGCUCACUGCCCCCGAGUCCGGGCCCCAACUCACGCUCACCCAACCAACAGCACCAAUAAAGAAGGCAGAGGACUCGGUGUGACUUGGGUGGGGCAGGAGUGUGCCCUCCAAGGCGGGCCCUAUGUGCAGCACCCUCCCCCAUCUCUGGGAAGAGCAGACCUGGCUGCAAAAGCCACCCCAACCAGAAUUUUCCCCCAGGGGACAGAAGGGACCCAUGUUCUCCCCAGUCUUCAGGCAGUCUCCAGGGGGAGGAAGUGGGUCUCGAUUCUCCAAGUCCACCGUCAGCUCCUACCUCUAAUGUUACCAAGGUACCAGUGCAGAAGGAAUCUAGAGACAAGCCAAGCUCAGUACAAGAAGGAACCCUAGGCCUUGACAACCAGAAAAGGGCCCAGGCCCAAGUCCCCAUUGCCUUUGCAUUGCUACUUGGUGGUUUACAGUCGUGUAGUUUGUCCUCAGCUGCUGCAUCAUAGCUGCUGCAGCCUUGUGGAACUGCUCUAGCCCUCUGCAGUUGCAAGGGUCUUCCUCAGUCUGCAGUGCCUGCAGGCGGGCAGAGCAGAAGCUGCCCCUCCUAAAUGACACCGGAUGUGGCUCGUCAUGGCACUGAGCCUGACCAGGAAAAUCCUCCAAGUUCAACCAGACACACAAUGUACAAACCAAUCUUUGGACAUUGGAGUUCAUAAUUGAUCAAAUUGUCACUUUAUUAGCUGUCAUUCCUGAUGGACGCACCUACCAGCCUGGGAGGGAGGCAGCCUGGAGGCAGUGGCCGUGUCAGCUGCUGGAGGACCACCCAGAAGCCUGAGGACAGACGCUGCCCAGUCCUAGGCUGACUCUGCGGGCCUCGUGGCUUGGCUGCGCUUGUCCAGCCAACAGAUGGGGUGUCAGGAGCACAGGCCUGGGGAUGGUGAAGAACAGAUUCUUAGGGGCCUCCAUCUUUAACUGCUGCAGCUCCAUGCAGCUCCCACUGUCACGCCCAUGCAUAGCUCCUGCCUCUGCACCUCCCUCUUGCAUCCUGAGGCCCCGUGAGGUCUCCUUAGCACUUCCUGUGAGCGCGUUCAGAGAAUGGUGGAGCUUCAGGGUUGGGUCCUGCUCUAGAAGUGAAAGGGUGGCCCAGCCAGCUUUCUCUGAGUUUGACUUAAUUGGAAUGGGUUGUCCACACUGAAGAGCUGGCAGCACGAGGCCUCAGGCUGCAGUAGGGGUCAUCUUCCUGUGCAUUCAGGCCUAGGUGCAGAGCUGGUCCUGGGGGAGACUAGUCCGCAGUCCGAACCUCUGGCUUCAUGGCUGUGUGGUAUGGCUGCCUCAGGGAGGAGGCUCCCUUGUGUGGAUAGGGUGCCCCUAUUGUUUAUGGGGUGCUGCCAGGCAGCCUGGAGAACUGUCUGUCCACUCAACAUCUCUACAAGCAGCGCCCCCUGCCAGUGCACAAGGAACCCCAACCUGUGGAGGGUGGAAUCUCUUCCCGUGAGGGUAAUGCAUGAGGGCUCAUUUGUCUUGUUCUUGUUCAGUUAUUUGCUUAAGAUAGUUCUUCUCUGUGUAGCCUAGGUUGGCCACACUCAGGGCAAUCCUCCUGCUUCAGUGGGACUGAGUUGACAAGAAGCCACGUUGUCCACCCAAGAUGUCAACACACACACCUAUCAUGCUAAGCCCUGGGCACGUGGUGCUCUUGGCAGCCCAUUCCCCAUAUCCCAGACCCAUACCUGUGACUUCUUUCUCCUUAGGAUACUGUUGUGUGUUCAGGUUAUGACUAUAGACUCUGGUUCCCUUCUGUGUCGGCACUGCCAUGGUCCCCUCCAUCAAAUAAGCGGAGGGGAGAUGGGACAUCAAAGUCACAGAUGCCAGUGGGGAGUACUGAGAACUGUAGCAAGCCUGAGUGGCCGCCCUUGGGAAACCUUUCUUAGAUAGAUGCCUGCUUAGGGUGCAGGAGGACACUGGCUGGCUUACCUCCCACCAGACCCGGGAGCUCACCCUUGGCUGAUGGGCAUGCUGAUGUGUCUCGAGGCCACAGGCACCUCUAAGGUAGGUAGGUCCACAUUUCCAGAGGACUGAGCCUGGCUCGUCCCCUGCAGGAGUCUCCCCUGGGGCCAGCAGACUGGAAAUGAGACUGGAGUGGGAACAACAGGCAUGCUGGCUGGGACUCGGACGAUCCUGUGCACCCAGCACCUGGCACUGUACUGGUGGACGUUGGGUGCCAAGGAGCCACAGUCAUAGGAUAGGGGACAGAGGCAGUGUGAGCCAUUGCUCCCUCAGCCCUGCCCUCGCCGUAAGGUCAACAGUGUGUGAACAAGAGCAGAGCUUGGAGAGUAGCUGCUGCGUGAUGCCCCUGGCAAUGCCCACUGUGAAGGGGCACCUGCGUCUAGGUCACCUGGGCUCUGCAGAGCUGCUCGCGCUCCUUUAGAUCAUGUUCUUUAGGAUGGCAGAUGUCCGCACUGGGGCUUUUGGAAGAAGAGUUCAGGGUCAUCCACAGGGGCUCCUGGGGGACCAUUUGGGCUCUGUAGAGCAGCUUCAGGCAGCCUCACACUGGGACUGAGCAUCUCCUAAGCCCUCCGUACUUUUCCUGUUCUGCCUUUAUUGAGUUCCAAGCCUGUUACAGAUGUGGGCUCUUUCAGCUGUCACUUUCCACUUUUAUUAAAUGAAGUGUUGAUUCUGGACAAAUCCA